AUGCCCAACGAGAGACGUCAGUCUGUUGACGGAGAUGAUGAACUAUACCACCCUGACGGAAGCUUUCAAUCGCAUAGUGAUGCGCAAUCCCAGGACGAAUCAGACGAUGCUGACCUUGACGACUUCUGGUUUACGGAAGCCAAAAAGCUGGGUGGGCAUGAAGAAACGUGGCGCAAGUUGAUAGAAAACAAACGCGAGAUGGAAGAAGCUGCUUCGUCAGCCGGAAAAGAAACAUUCCAGGAUAUCGAAAACAUUAUAUCACGUCUAGGGUCCCUGUACAGGGAUGGCAUCGAACAUGUCAGGGUUUCUCACCGGGUUCCGAGGAGACUUGAUGCUCAAUGGCGCAAUGCUUUGGACACGAUCAAUGAAUCUGGCGAUUUGUUAAUAACCCGGGUCUGCAAUCGUGUCGAAAGGCGAAGGCCAACUCGUGAAGACGGAGAAAUGCUGACCGACUUCGAAGGACGAGUCAUAGCGAGAAUGAUUCAUCAUGCCCUGCUCCCUUCUUUCCAGAUCUAUUAUCAGUCUCAGGGGCGAUAUGGUCGUUUUCCAAAGUGUCGUAUUCAAGACCUGUUAUCCAACAUCAGCACACCAGGACCGAGGACUCCCAACGACCGUGGACUGAUGAUGAAGGGAAAGUGCUAA